AUGAUUUCUGAGUCAAGAGUCGAUGACGACAAAGAACAUCACAUUCGACUAGAAAGACGAGGUCGCCGUGGAAUCCUGAAAGUUGAUAACGAAGUUGAACAGAGUGGUUUGAGCAGUAGCGGAAUACUGGCCAUGCUUAACGCUGAUGGAAACAUAUUCAGGGGAGUGGAGGUGUACAUGAUGUCUAUAGGCGACAACGGGACUGGACAUUACUAUGAUGUUGUUUUCCAAUAA